AUGAUUUGUGCAAUAUUCUCAUUUUGGAGUCAUGCAUAUGAUGGAAUUGAUGGAUUACAAGCACGGCGAACAUUAUCAGUUAGUCCAGUUGGUGAAUUUUUUGAUCAUGCACUUGAUGCAUGCAAGAUACUUCCAUUCGUCAUGACGUUAUUUGCACCUUUUGAUGAAAGUGAAUCUCGCAUUUCACCCUUCUGUUCGCUAAUGUUACUAAUUGAAAUAUUAGCUGCUUUUACAUGUGGAUUCUGGGAACAAUAUAUCACAAAUACUUUGCAUGUUAGCUGGUGUUUUGAUGGAUUUUACGUAGCACAAAUACUCCACAUACUGGCUUAUUUUGAUGGUGAACGUUUGGUGACAGCAUAUUUGAUUGAUGAAUGGAGAGUAUGUGAUUUAGUCAUGUUCAUUUUCAAUGGUAAUAUUAAUUUUCUUCGUUAA